AUGGAUCCGAAGAGCAUCUCUCUCCACAGCCAAGAUGAAGGAAGAGUGCAGGAAGCCAUUUCCCAGUUGAUGGGGAAAUUGCAGAACGAAGAGGACACGGAGCUGCAAAUUGCAGUGUUGGGAGAGUCAGGAGAUGGGGCCUCCAUGUUCAUCAAUGCACUGCGGGGGUUGAAGAAUGAAGAUCAGGAGGGGUGGGCCCCCACCGGCGUAGUGCAGACCACUAUGAAGCCCACCUGCUACCAGUGUUCCCACUUCCCCAAAGUGGCCCUGUGGGACCUGCCCGGCGUCGGGACAGACGGUUUUCUACUGAAGGCGUAUUUGGAGAAGGUAGAAUUCAGCAAGUACGAUUUCUUUAUCAUCACGAUGUGUGAGCAGUUCACCUACAACCAUGAGGACCUGGCCAGGGAGAUCGAGGGAGCGGGAAAGAGGUUCUAUGUGGUCCGGAGCAAAGUGGACCUGGACCUGGACAACUACUUAAUGAGCAAAUCUAAGCCCAAGACCGAGGCGGAGGUCCUGAGACAGAUCCGAGGUGAGUUUCUAACGCACCUCAGGAGAGCAGGGGUGAGCGAUCCCAAGGUCUUCCUGGUCAACAACUUUGACAGUUCCCAGUACGACUUUCCCAACCUGAAGAUCCUCUUGAAGAAGGAGAUUCCUGCCCUCAAGAGGGAAGCCUUCCUGUUGGCCCUUCCUAACUCCUCCGAGGAAGCCAUCGAGAGGAAGAAGGAGGCCCUGAAGGGCAAGAUCGAGAAUCAGGCCCGGAAGUCCAUUCUGUGGGCCGCCAUCCCCAUCGUUGGCUACCCCGUCUCCAAAGCCAUGGCCAAGCCCGAGGAAUGGCUAACCUUUUACCGCAAGAGCUUUGGAGUGGAUGACGAGUCCCUCGAGCAACUGGCCAGGAAGAUGGAAUUGUCCCCGGAGGCGUUACUGAGCAUCACGACCUCUCGGGAUCUGAAGCCUGUCAGAGAAUACCAGCUGGUGCCGGACACCAUACUGGGCAAAUCACUGGUGAUGGCCAACAUGAUCUGCAGCUACAUUCCUCUCUUAGGGGUCAUCAACUCCAGUCCGGUUUUGUUCAAACUCACGUACCACAUGCACAUGCAUUUCCUCGAAGAGGCGGCCAGCGAUGCCAAGAAGAUCUUGAAGAAGGCUAUGGAAAACCUCCGCUGA